AUCGGAUAAGUGUCUAAAUAGAUUUCAGCUCGAACUUUUCCAAUGUUUUGUCGCAUACAUUAAGAUAAAUCUGGAUAAAUACAAGUUGAUGAGGAGACUAGACAUUUUUCUAAGGGACCGAUGGUGAUAACAAAAAUGGUGGAACACAGUUUGAGAAAAUCAUCUGGUUUUACUAUUGAUUCUUUAAUAGGAAAAGACUCUGAUAAAACAGAGAGUUCUUCGAGUGGUAGAAAUUAUGAAGAGUAUGUGCAUUUAAAUUCAGAGACCAAUAAAAGUGACAGUCCAAGGCCGCGGAUACAGGAUCGACCAGAAAAUCUGGAACGAACGCGUAGGGAACCUGUUGUACAUGAUUCAAUGAGACAUUUUCCAGAUUUGGCCACAGCACGGAGGGACAGGGAUUUGUUCCUUGCAUCAAACCCACACAGUGCUUCAGAAUCAUUAAAACAUUUACAUGACGUUUUAUCUCAAACUGCGGGGGCCACGGGAACAUAUUUUUCCCCCCGAAUGUGUCGUCACCCCAUGUCACCUUUUAAUUUACAUUCUAUGUAUCCUGGUCAGUUACCAGCCUCUACCCCUCUUCAUCCCCUGAUGCUGAACCCCUCCACCUCUAGAGAUAUCAGACAUCUGCACCCCUGGAUAUCAGAGCGUUACUCUGGAUAUUACUAUCCCAGAUACCCAGCGGCUCCAGGUUUUCUUUUCCAGCCUUACAGAAAACCCAAGCGAAUACGUACCGCAUUUUCCCCUUCACAGCUUCUUCAACUCGAGAAGGCGUUCGAAAAAAGUCAUUAUGUCGUCGGACAAGAAAGAAAAGAUUUGGCUGCAGAACUGCAACUGACAGAGACACAGGUGAAAGUAUGGUUUCAAAACAGACGUACGAAACAUAAGCGGAUAAAAACGGAAGAUGGAGAAGAACCAAACAGUCCUGGCAAAACUUCUUCAAGAGACAUGGACAGCGACGAUGACAAUAAAGAUGACAGUGACAUUAGUGACAUUGAUGAUAUUGGCGAUGACGGUAUGAGUCAUCUUCGUGGCAACGAAAUUCACCACCCGCCAGUUCCCGCGUCUGCGCACUUACUGUUACAGUAGGUGUUCAAAUUUCUCUAAGUGCGAUAUUAUAGAAAUGUGAAAACGGGUUGUUAUUUUAAAAUGCCGACAACCAUAGGCCACGAAUCGGUUCUUUAAGACUAUAUAUUAUUGUAGAAUGAAUUCCUAUUGUUAUUUUGUGUCUGCUCUGUUUCCAUUGUGCCACACCGUGUUGUGAUCCGUGGAGUCGUACUAUACAUGUAAUACAGAUGUCUGAAAAUCCCACAUAAAAUUGUACAAUUGCUCAUAAUUAUUUAUUCAAAGAAU